GGGGCUGGGUGCCUGAAUCCUUGGGGGCUGCAGGGUGGGAGUGAGGCCCUGGUUCUGGAGGGCAGAGGAGUGCGUCUAUCUGUCCCUGGCACUGUGCCAGGCCUGAGUCACGCUGCUCACUCCCUUCCUCCUCCCCAGCUCUCAUUCACCUCCACACUGCAGCCAAGGGAGGCCCGCCCUGGCGUGGGCUGCUGCCUGUGGCCUUGGGCAGGCAUGAGCAAAGGGGCCAGGGGUUGCCUGUCCUCCCCCACCCUGUCGGGGCCUCCCUCCCCCUCUGCUGAGCCUCGGUUAAUUAUAACUCUGACCUAAGUGCCCUGUGACGUGGAGCCCGGGCCAGCCCUGCCCAGGAGACCCAGCAACCAGGUAGGGGAGGGCCUGAGAGGAGUCAGGCUUCCUGUGCAUGGGGAGUGUUUCUGUGGCAGGGCUGGGGACUCAGCCAGGGACUGGGGAGGGGGGCCUGGGGGAGGAAUCUUGGACCCCUCUCCUGGCAGGUGUGUAUGUCCCUAAUGGUCCGAUGAGGCCCUCAGGUUGUCUGGGUGACAGGGAGAGGGUGGGGAAGCCAGGCUGGAGCAGACGCGACUUUUGAGGUAAAGCAGGUGCCCAUGGAGACGCGCAGAGCCAGCCUGCCCUGGAAUCGCGGCUGCUUCCUCCUCCCUUGAGAGCCUUCUGUCUCCCAGGUCCAUGUCUCAGCCAUGCUCCCCACGGAGGUGCCCCAAUCCCACCCGGGCCCCUCAGCGUUGCUUCUGCUGCAGCUGCUGCUGCCCUCCACAUCUGCCUUCUUCCCCAACAUCUGGAGCCUGCUGGCUGCCCCUGGCUCCAUCACCCACCAAGACCUGACUGAGGAGGCAGCGCUCAACGUCACCCUUCAGCUCUUCCUGGAGCGGCCACCCCCAGGCCGCCCCCCUCUUCGUCUUGAAGACUUCCUGGGUCGAACACUCCUUGCUGAUGACCUCUUUGCCGCCUACUUUGGACCUGGUUCUUCUCGGCGGUUCCGAGCAGCCUUAGGUGAGGUGUCUCGUGCCAAUGCAGCCCAGGACUUCCUGCCGACUUCCAGGAAUGACCCCGACCUGCACUUUGAUGCUGAGCGACUGGGUCAGGGACGCACGCAACUGGUAGCGGCUCUGCGGGAGACCGUGGUGGCAGCCAGAGCCCUUGACCACACCCUGGCUCGCCAGCGCCUCGGGGCUGCACUUCAUGCCCUGCAGGAUUUCUACAGUCAUAGCAACUGGGUGGAGCUGGGUGAGCAGCAGCCACACCCUCACCUCCUCUGGCCAAGGCAGGAGCUCCAGAACCUGGCACAAGUGGCCGAUCCUACCUGCUCCGAUUGCAAGGAGUUGAGCUGCCCCGGGAAUUGGCUGGGCUUCACACUCCUCACCUCUGGCUACUUUGGAACUCAUCCCCCAAAACCUCCAGGGAAAUGUAGCCACGGGGGCCAUUUUGACCGGAGCAGCUCCCAGCCACCGAGGGGAGGCAUCAAUAAGGACAGCACAUCCCCAGGCUUCUCCCCUCACCACAUGCUGCACCUCCAGGCUGCAAAACUGGCCCUUCUAGCCUCCAUCCAGGCCUUCGGCCUUCUGCGAAGCCGCCUGGGAGACAGGGAUUUCUCCAGGCUGCUGGACAUCACCCCAGCCUCCAGCCUGAGCUUUGUCCUGGACACCACGGGCAGCAUGGGUGAGGAGAUCAACGCUGCCAAAAUCCAGGCUCGCCACAUUGUGGAGCAGCGGAGAGACAGCCCCAUGGAGCCUGUCCACUAUGUCCUGGUGCCUUUUCAUGACCCAGGGUUCGGCCCUGUCUUUACAACCAGUGACCCUGACAGCUUCUGGCAACAGCUUAAUGAGAUCCAUGCCUUGGGGGGUGGAGACGAGCCUGAGAUGUGCCUGUCAGCCCUGCAGGUGGAAUCCCUGACUCAGGAGCGGCGCUGCCGGGUAACAUUCCUGGUGACUGAAGAUACAUCAAGGGUUCAGGGCCGAGCUCGGCGUGAGAUCUUGUCCCCUCUGCGUUUUGAGCCAUACAAAGCAGUGGCCCUGGCCUCAGGAGGAGAGGUGAUCUUCACCAAAGACCAGCACAUUCGAGACGUGGCAGCCAUUGUUGGGGAGAGCAUGGCUGCCCUGGUGACUCUUCCCCUGGACCCUCCUGUUGUGGUGCCUGGGCAGCCACUUGUGUUCAGUGUGGACGGGCUGCUCUGGAAGAUCACAGUCCGGAUCCACGGAGACAUAAGCAGCUUCUGGAUCAAGAACCCUGCAGGGGUCUCCCAGGGCCAGGAGGAAGGUGUGGGUCCUCUAGGUCACACUCGCCGCUUUGGGCAGUUCUGGAUGGUGACCAUGGAUGACCCUCCACAGACAGGAACCUGGGAGAUCCAGGUCACAGCUGAGGACACCCCCGGGGUGAGAGUGCAAGCCCAGACCUCCCUGGACUUCCUCUUCCACUUUGGGAUCCCCGUGGAGGAUGGACCCCACCCUGGCCUCUACCCCUUAACUCAGCCAGUUGCAGGUCUCCAGACUCAGCUGCUGGUAGAAGUGACAGGAUUGGGUUCCAGAGCCAAUCCUGGGGAUCCUCAGCCGCAUUUCUCCCACGUCAUCCUUCGAGGGGUCCCAGAGGGUGCCGAACUAGGCCAGGUGCCCUUGGAGCCAGUGGGACCUCUGGAGCGAGGUCUCCUCGCAGCCUUGCUGCCGCCCACGCUGCUGUCCACCCCUAGACCCUUCUCCCUGGAGCUGAUUGGCCAGGACGCAGCGGGGCGGCGCCUGCACAGGGCUGCCCCUCAGCCUAGCACUGUAGUCCCUGUCCUUCUGGAGCUUAGUGGCCCCUCGGGUUUCCUGGCCCCGGGCAGCAAAGUCCCGCUCAGUCUCCGCAUCGCCAGCUUCUCGGGCCCUCAGGAUCUUGACCUUAGGACUUCCGUCAACCCCAGCUUCUCCCUCACCUCCAACCUCUCCAGGGCUCACCUGGAACUGAAUGAGUCGGCCUGGGGCCGCCUGUGGCUGGAGGUCCCAGAUUCAGCAGCCCCGGAUUCCGUGGUGAUGGUGACUGUGACUGCAGCGGGACGAGAAGCCAACCCAGUACCCCCGACUCAUGCCUUCCUCCGGCUCCUGGUAUUGGCCCCAGCCCCGCAGGACCAGCACGCCACCCCUACCGGCUCACCUGACACGAUCCUCACCACGGCCACCCCCGCCUUUUCCCCGUUCACAUUGGUGACUCAAGGCAGGGCUGGGGCAGGGCUGGCGGGCAGCCCCUGGUGGGGCACAGUUGGAGGGGUGCUGCUUCUGCUAGGUCUGGCCUCCUGGUGACACAACAGGCUCUAGAGGGAUGGGUCUCCAGCACUAUUUUCAACCUGCCCCAUUGGUAAGAAGACCUGGGACACAUUUGUCACAUAGGUCUUAGGACCUUACCUCUCCUAGCUGGGAUGAAGGUUCUCUUUUUUGAGACAGGAGUUUUGCUCGUUGCCCAGGCUGGAGUGCAGUGAUGCGAUCUCGGCUCACUGCAACUUCAGCCUCCCAGGUUCAAGCGAUUCUCCUGCGUCAGCCUCCCAAGUAGCUGGGAUCACAGGUGCCUGCCACCACGCCUGGCUAAUUUUUUAUAUUUUUAGUAGAGACAGGGUUUCACUAUGUUGGCCAGGCUGGUCUCGAACUCCUGAUCUCAGGUGAUCCACCUGCCUCUGCCUCCCAAAGUGCUGGGAUUACAGGCGUGAGCCACUGUGCCCGGCCAAUGAAGGUUUUCUUUCUCCAGCACAUCCUUUUCCUUUCUUAAAAACUUCGAGACUGGGGCUGGGUGCAGGGGCUCAUGCCUGUAAUCCCAGCACUCUGGGAGGCUGAGGCAGGAGGAUCACUUGAGCCCAGGAGGUUGAGGCUGCAGUGAGCUGUGGUCGCACCACUGCACUACAGCCGGAGCGACAGUGAGACCCUAUCUCAGAAACAAAACAAAACAAAACAAAACACCCUGCAAGACUGGGAUAGAGGGCAAUGGAUUUUCCCACAAUGCACUUUUCCUAACCCUAUGAGAAACAAACCAAAGACAUUUUUGGAGAAAGUUGCUUUCUGGAGCAGCUUCGGUUUUAUUUUUGUAUUUAAGGCUGAAGGGCAGUUUCAAUAAACAUGUCUUCUUCCCAGAGGGAUUUCAAAGAAAGAUCAUUUUUGCAUGUCAUAUAGGGGAGAAUGAACACAUGAGACACCAAGAAGAUGAAGUUUUCAGGAGCAGAGGAGAAACUUUACACCAAGAUGUCUGAACUUCAUUGACUCACUACCUGGAGCCAUUUUUUAGCUGUUGAGUUAAGAAACAGAAAAAGGAGCCUGGGGCUUCUGACUCUUUCACCAGGCUUAGGGGAGUGAGAGGAGGCUUUAGACACGGGUAGCGCCUCUUGGCCCCUUGGUGCAGCCCCGCUGAGCCAUCUCCUCCUUUGGCUGGGUGACUUUCUGCUGCCUUGACAACUCCUGGAGGAAAGGAGAAACAGAUGGGGCCUCUGGGCUCCUCCCAGCCCUGUAGGGUGGGGAUCCCGCCCUCUCUCUUGAAGUUUACCUGUUGCUGCCACAAGUUCUGCUCCCUUCGUCUUUCCUUUGAAUCCUGGGUGGUGCAGGAACUAGCCUUGUUCAGUGGACUUGGGGAGAACUGGAGGGGAAAUUCACUGUGUUUUCUGUUAAGCCAGCACUGAUCCCAACAACUCCCCUCUCUAGUCCAACUUCCCAAAAGUCUAAACUGAAAACAAUAAACUCACCUUCUCAUGAAUCAGAUUCUGCAAA